CUGUUUUCAUUUUUUUGGUAGUUGUGUAUUUUUAUUAUAUUUAUUUUUUGGAUUUUAUAGAAUGUCUAUGUAGUGUGUCUAUAUAGUCUGUAAAUAAUUUGAACCUCGAAGUACAACAUUUAUGAUGUUAGGUAAUAUACACAGACACAGUACAACUUCACAUAAAAUUGUUUAUAAGUCUAUAAAUACAUAAGGUCGUUCCUGAAAAUAAUAACAGUUUUAAUAAUUAUUGUAGAAUCAUAAUACAAUAAUUUUAAAAUAAUAAAUGUUAGUAUCGUAUACGUAUUGUACCGCAGCAGUGUGUGCUUAUUGUGCUGAGAAACGUUCUGGUACAAUAUUUUCCCGUCCGGUACAUAUUGUUAGUCAUAUUGUCCGUCCAUAUUGAGUACCGGAUAAGUGUGCAAGCUACGACGGUAUAAAUAUCGUACAAAAAAAAUAGUAGUGUACCGUAUCGCGUACCGCAGCAGUGUGUGAGCACCUUUAUACACAUAUCGUAUCAUUUACCAUUUAAAUGUUGGCAGGUAAUAUAACCGUAGUUUAGUUAUAUAACUUAUAAAGAUUUCGAAAUAAGUACUUUAAUUGAGAUAUAUAAUUUCAUUAUUUGAAUAUCUAGGUAAGAACAGAAAAAAAUAAAGAAUUAUUUAAAACACGGAAAAUUACGAUUCAGAACAAAUUUCGUUCAAAGAUGGGAUUAUUAAUUUAUAUGACACGGGACCACAAAUGAUGGAAAUACUGCUAGGACAUUUUUUAGAAAUUUAGAGAAAUCGGCAGAGAUCACAGGAGUUGAUGUAAAACUGAUUGAACGAUUUAAAAAUAUUCUAAUGGUUAUGGCAAGUGGCCAGGAUAUUAAUAUAGAUGCAUUUGAUGAGUAUGGUGAACAAACAGCUAAACUUUUUGUUUCCUUAUACCCCUAGUUUUAUAUGCCAUCAAAUUUAUGAUGCUGAUGUUAUUCGCUAUGCAAUUUUACCGAUAGGACAAUUAUCAGAGAAGGCCCAAGAAUCUCGAAAUAAAGAUUAUAAAAUUUACAGACAACACCACACAAGAAAAAACUCAAGAAUAAACACCAACGAAGAUCUCUUACAUGUGUUAUUAAUAUUAUCUGACCCGUUAAUAUCGACCAUAAAACUACUUCCAAAAAAAAAAAAAAAGACUUAUCAAAUGAAGCUAAAUCGCUAUUGAAUAUAACGUUAGAUGAAAUAAAUUUGAACAGUGAUUGUGAUAGUGCCAGUAAUUGUUAACGUAGUUUUAAUAAUUAUAUUAUAAUGUUAAAUAUAUAUAUAAAAUUUAAAAACUAAAAACAUCCCCUAUGGAAAAUAAUAAACAAUAAGGGGUAGAUAACAAAAUGGAAAUAGUAUUUGGAUUCAGCAACCUAAAACAUGUAAAUUAGUUGAUGUACAAUAUGCAAGUUUUAUGAAAAUUUAGAAAUAAAGAUUUUUUUUACCCCUUAUUAGGGGUUAAUUUCAAAACUGAUAACAAAUUUGGAUUUAGCAUGUCCAAAACUAAUAGAAUUGAUAUAUUUCACAAACUCAUAUUUAGAUGGUUUUAAUUAAUGCAAGCUAAUCUAGAAC